AUGUACAAUAUCGAUCUUCAUCUCAGCCCCCACAAAGGCGAAGUGACAAUCGCGGACGAAUCAACAGCCGCGGAUGACGAGAUAACCGAUGAUGGGUUGACCGAUGAUGGGUUGACCGCCGAUAGUGAAAGUAAAGACGGUUAUGCCCUUGCCUCAACCAGCGAGUCGAACGCGGUGGACAACCAAGAUGACUGCACUUGGGAGUACAAUUUCUCGGAAGAUGAUUUCCAUCCUGUUACGAAGCAGGCCACGAAAGUGGAGAGCUCAGUGGCAAAAGCCAAGCGGCUGGCUGCUGCCGAGAGACAACGGCUCUAUCACCAAAAGUGGAGGGCCAGAAUGUCACCGGAACAAGUGAAGCGCUUCCAAGAAUACACUAGAGACGCCAUGCGAAACAGGGAAUAUCAACAGAGGAGACGCAGAGAAAAUCCGGGUAUCGACAAGAAGUUGUACGAUGCGCUUCCCGAGGAGAAAAAGGCAGAGAGGCGAGAACGCCGAGCU